GCGGCGGGGCGGGCGAGGCCGCGGCGGCCGGGCCGGGAGCAGGCCGGCGGAGGGGAGGCGCCCGCGUCCAAGCCCCGGGCCGGGCCUGAGCGCCGCGCGGGCCCCGGGCCCGCCGCCGCCGCCGCCGCCGCACCAUGGCGGAGACCAAGAUCAUCUAUCACAUGGACGAGGAGGAGACGCCGUACCUGGUCAAGCUGCCCGUGGCGCCCGAGCGCGUCACGCUGGCCGACUUCAAGAACGUGCUCAGCAACCGGCCGGUGCACGCCUACAAAUUCUUCUUCAAGUCCAUGGACCAGGACUUCGGGGUGGUCAAGGAGGAGAUCUCCGCCGACAACGCCCGGCUGCCCUGCUUCAACGGCCGAGUGGUCUCCUGGCUGGUCCUGGCCGAGGGUGCUCACUCGGACGCUGGCUCUCAGGCCACCGACGGCCACGGCGACCUGCCCCCGCCCCUCGAGCGGAUGGGUGGCAUUGGGGACUCCCGGCCCCCCUCUUUCCACCCAAACGUGGCCAGCAGCCGGGACGGGAUGGACAACGAGACCGGCACGGAGUCCAUGGUCAGCCACCGGCGCGAGCGGGCCCGACGCCGAAACCGGGAUGAGGCCGCCCGGGCCAACGGGCACCCACGGGGGGGCCGGCGGCGAGACCUGGGCCUGCCCCCCGACAGCGCGUCCACGGCGCUGAGCAGCGAGCUGGAGUCCAGCAGCUUCGUCGACUCCGACGAGGAGGACAACACGAGCCGGCUGAGCAGCUCCACCGAGCAGAGCACCUCCUCGCGGCUCAUCCGGAAGCACAAGCGGCGGCGGCGGAAGCAGCGCCUGCGGCAGGCGGACCGCGCCUCGUCCUUCAGCAGCAUCACGGACUCCACCAUGUCCCUGAACAUCAUCACCGUCACGCUCAACAUGGAAAGGCACCACUUCCUGGGCAUCAGCAUCGUGGGCCAGAGCAACGACCGCGGGGACGGCGGCAUCUACAUCGGCUCCAUCAUGCGGGGCGGGGCCGUGGCCGCGGACGGCCGCAUCGAGCCCGGCGACAUGCUGCUGCAGGUGAACGACGUCAACUUCGAGAACAUGAGCAACGACGACGCCGUGCGCGUGCUGCGGGAGAUCGUGUCGCAGACGGGGCCCAUCAGCCUCACAGUGGCCAAGUGCUGGGACCCGACCCCCCGGAGCUACUUCACUGUGCCUAGGGCUGACCCUGUCCGGCCCAUCGACCCGGCCGCCUGGCUGUCCCACACGGCGGCGCUGACCGGAGCCCUGCCCCGCUACGGUACGAGCCCCUGCUCCAGCGCCGUCACGCGCACCAGCUCCUCCUCACUAACCAGCUCUGUGCCUGGCGCCCCACAGCUGGAGGAGGCGCCGCUGACCGUGAAGAGCGACAUGGCCGCCGUGGUCCGGGUCAUGCAGCUGCCCGACUCCGGGCUGGAGAUCCGCGACCGGAUGUGGCUCAAGAUCACCAUCGCCAACGCCGUGAUCGGGGCGGACGUGGUGGACUGGCUGUACACGCGGGUGGAGGGCUUCAAGGAGCGGCGGGAGGCGCGCAAGUACGCCAGCAGCAUGCUGAAGCGCGGCUUUCUGCGGCACACGGUGAACAAGGUCACCUUCUCCGAGCAGUGCUACUACGUCUUCGGGGACCUGUGCAGUAGUGAGUGGGGGCUGGGGGGCGGGGCCCUGGGGAGGCCCGCCCCCGCCGCUCUCACCCACUGUCCCCUCCCCCCAGAUCUGGAGGCGCUGAACCUCAACAGCGGCUCCAGUGGGGCCUCAGACCAGGACACCCUGGCCCCGCUGCCCCACCCAGCUCCCUGGCCCCUGGGCCAGGGCUACCCCUACCAGUACCCAGGGCCCCCGCCCUGCUUCCCGCCCGCGUACCAAGACCCCGGCUUCAGCUACGGCAGCGGCAGUGCUGGGAGUCAGCAGAGUGAAGGAAGCAGAAGCAGCGGGUCCGCCCGGAGCGCAGGCGGGAGCAGCCGACGGGCUCUGGGCCGAGAGCAGGAGCGCCGGGGGCCGGGGGCCGGGGGCAGCGGCAGCGAGUCCGACCACACGGCCCCGAGCGGAGCAGGCGGCAGCGGCUGGCGGGAGCGUCCCGCCAGCCAGCUCAGCCGCGGCGGCAGCCCACACAGCCAGGCCUCAGCCGCUGCUCCAGGGCUCCCCCCACUGCACCCCCUGACGAAGGCAUACUCGGUGGUGGGUGGGCCGCCCGGGGGGCCGCCCGUCCGGGAGCUGGCCGCAGUCCCCCCAGAGCUGACGGGCAGCCGCCAGUCCUUCCAGAAGGCCAUGGGGAACCCCUGCGAGUUCUUUGUCGACAUCAUGUGACCGAGGGCAGCGCGCUCUCUGCUGCCCUUGCGGUGGGGUGCCGGGGUCCCGCUGCCCCCUGCAGGAAGGCACCAGAGCUCGUGUGGCCUGGCCUCAGCCGUGGCCACCCUGGACCAGGCCAGUCUUCCUCGUGCACAAGGGGCCACACUGUGGGGUCCAGGGCUAGACAGAGUGGGAGCAGGCCGGAGGGCAGCCAGGGCCCUGUGAGCCGGACUCAGCAGCCCGGCUGAUCCCGCCAGGCCAGCCGUGCCCUCGGCGACCCUGGGGAGCUGCCUCUGUGCCCCCGGGACUCCUGCUGCCCAGGGCGCUGUGCACAGGGCCCCAGGCCGGGCCAGGUGGUGGCCGCCCAGCCUGCAGCCCCCACCCGCCUCACAGGCGUGUAAUUUAUUUAUUUAUUGCUUGGCCUGUGUUCUGUGGGGGAGGUGGUGGCCAAGUCGGCCCCACCCCGGCCGGAGCAGAGCUCGCGUGACCCCCCUGCCACCAGGUCUCUGCGCGAAUGCAGGGACGGAGGUCCCAUCAGAAGGUGGGGGGGGCGGUGAGGGGUGGGUGGGAGUGGGGCACUUCUUGGCAGAAGGCCAGGUAGAGUGGGACCCAUGGGUGCUCAGCUGCUGCUGGGGCAGCUCUGGGGAAGCCGGGGGGACCAGCGUCCCGCCCCGCCGCCCCCCGUCUGGCCCACGGCGCCCUGGCUCCCUCCCCGCGACCGGCCUGCACGCAUCUGUGCUGCUGGAGCCGUUGCCAGUCAGCGUGUCACCCGGGUCGUCGCGGAGCCGCCUCUGUGCAAAUGCUAUUUUAAACACUAAAAAGCAUUUAAUUUUA